AUGUUACAGAUCGAUUCAGUUCGAAUAGUCCCGCCUAAGUUUUCUGUAGACAAUAAUCGCUUGCUUCCAAUACAAAAAAUAAAAAUUAAAAAAUUUGUUUUCCAGUUUCAAGCUUGGGCGCGAUUCAGUGUUUGUGUGAUUGUUUGGGCGAUGACAGAUAGUCAUAAGGGGGGUGCCAAGAACGAAAAUGUAGCCGACAGCUGGGAAGAGGCUGGCGACGAGAGGGAUGAGUUAAUCUUCGCUCAAAUGGAUUUGAUUAAUCUUUGCGACAGACGAGGUAGCGAUUUGGAUACGGUACAUAUCGUGGUAAACGAUUAUAAGGAUAGGCUUAAGGACGAAAAUUUGUUUUUACAAGAGAGAUUGCUCGAGGAGGGUUGGCAGUUUUGGAAUUUUCUUCUCAUUCAUCCAUGUGGUAUUUCUUACCCAUAUCACUGGGGAAUGGAUCGUGAACCACUUGAAUGUUAUUAUUUUCAUACGGAAAAGGGAAGAUGGUUCAAUAAAAGUGAUAUUAUAAAUAACCAAUAUAUAAGUGCGAUAAGGAAAAGAGAGAAUAAGAUAUUGAAUGCCAGGGCAGCUGGAAUAUCAACAUUACAAGCCACGGAAAAAUUUUUCGAUGAACGUAAGAAAGAAAUCGAGGCGAAAAAGCAAAAAGAAGAAGAGAUGUGGAGAGCAAGAGAAGCGGCACAACAAAUGGAGGAACAGGGCUUGAAUUUCGACAAACCAGCUUUUCAAAUUUUGAAGCGUCCUCAAGGUUGUGAAAUGCAGUCAUCUUCGCAAGAUAUGGCAAAGCUUGAGGAAAAAACGAGGACGAUGACUCUUCAGGAAAGGGAAGCAGCAUAUUUGCAAGCUCGAGAAAGAAUAUUUGGAGGCGUUUGUAGGUUCGAUGAAGAUCGAGAUUUAGCUCUUGAUCAGAUGAUUCACAGUGCAGCUAGUUGCGUUCCGACAGGUGUGCCACUGCCCCAUCCGUCAUAUCAUGCACCGAAUCCGCGACCUAGACUACCAGCCAUGUUAAGGACACCAAGACCUCCUUUGUAUCAACAGCCACUUCCAUUAGGCAUGCCACCGUUUAGGAUACCACCACCUUUACCUGGUGCCUAUGCACCAUCAUUACCUCCUGUUUCACAGCAAAGGUUUCCAAUAGCUGGAAUGCAUAUACCGAAUACUCAGAUACAGCGUCUUCCAUAUUUCGAUUCUAGAAUUCCGCCUCCUGCAGCACCACCACUGCCACCUCCUUACAUGGGGCAGAAUUUGGGACAAAAUCUGGUUGGAAUGAAUCCAGCAUUCAGCGAUCCUGCAAGAAAUAAUCCUGUACCCUAUGGAUGCCCUCCUACUCAACUGUUAUCUCAGAACCAGUUCACACUUUCGUUCAGCGAUCAAGCAAAUCGAUUUUAUUGA